AUGAACUAUGCAAGGCUUCUUGUUCACUUUAACACGUUCAUAUACGCCAACAACACGUGGAACAGGGGAGCCACCAAAUUAGAGAAAAUCUGUCCAGUGUGCUUAUUUCUAUAUUUUGGCAGUUUUGUUGCGCAUAAUAAGCCAGGAGAUGGCAAGCGUUUCCUUCGCGCUCUCGGGAAGGAGAAGCAGGACCUUGCAGAAAGAGUGAUGGUCACACGACUUCACUUGUAUGGGAAAUGGAUUAAGAAAUGUGAUCAUGCUGAGAUAUAUAAAGAAAUCUCUGAUGAUAACUUGGAGUUGAUGCGUGAACGGCUCAAAGAGACUGUGAUAUGGCCAUCAGAUGACACAAACACAGAGAAGAUUGGCUGAAGGGAUGCAGAUUUAUCUUCGUUUUCUCUUUCUGUCUGCUGUCGUGUUUUUAGUGCAGGUUUAUCUUGGGUUCGAUAUCAACCCGUUUGGUUCCAAAGAUUGUCUUCUUGAUACUAUUAUUUUUCUCCUGUUAACAAGACAUGAUAAAUAUAUUGUAUAUAGACAUUACUCAUCAGUCUAGAUAGCAUAAAAAAGAAGGAUUUAAAUUAAUUGAAGGGUUUUC